AUGACGCCCUCACAGAGAGCUCGGUAUGGAUGCGAAGCGACUCGAAACGCUAAAUGGAGAAUGGCAGCUCCUCCAGUGCCCAUGUUGAAGCGUGGUGGUGGGGCACCCCAGCCAUGGCCGAUUCACCCUAACCCUACGGGACAGGUCCACAGGUUUCACUUCCCUCCUCCUCACCUCCCUAUCUUCCACACCCGCCAUGCAGAAGAGAGCGCAGAGAGGCCCCAUCUGGUCACAAUCAUCCGCCCCGGUGGUCAAAGUACACUACGCAAGGUAACAGUCCUGUUGAACCGUAGAGGUGUGGUAUCCUUCGAGCAACUGCUAUUGGAUAUCUCUGAAGCAUUGGGGGUUCCUCGCUGGCACAGAGCGAGAGUCACACGCCUGUACACGACCCACGCACAAGAGGUGAAAGGUAUUUGUGAUUUCUUCCGAGGCGAGGUGGCCUUCUUGGCGCUGGGGAAGGUUCGUCCAGAGCUGAGUAGUGUGCAGGAGGCUCUGGAGGAGCUGUUUCCAGAACAUUCUCAUUACCGGACUGACGCACUACGGGCCUGGGAGAAAAGACUUCGUCCAGCGCCAGAUAAAGCUGCUAAAGCAGACAGUGGAUACAGUGAGGGGACGGACAGCAGUGAGAUACACACUAACCAAGUGACAAACCAGGACACAAAUACACAUGUCGAAAAUCAUAAUAACACACACACAAGUACACAGCCACCUCACCAUAUAGACGCACACCAGCCUGAAUAUUACAGCUCGGAUGUUCAGAAGUGUCAUAAAAAGAAUUCAUGCAGAAAACCUGCUCACCUGCCCAACCACCUGCAGAGACUGCAUGUGAGGGGUGGGGUCAAAGGGCGACAGCCUUCUGUCAUUGGUCCAUUUAAACACGAGGAAGGUAUUAGAGAAGCAGAUGUACUCUCUCCUACACUGUGUGAAGACUGCUUAGCAAGGAGAGUUAAACAUCAGGGUCCAGAACGACUCAAUCUACUGUCAGGGAAGGUCCCAUUACCUCCCGUGUCGAGGAAGCAAAAAGGAAGUUCUUCUACACAACAGGCAGUGAGGAAAUUAAAUGUUCACAUCAGCCCUCCGCCUCCUCAGCCAAUGUGCAGAGAUGAGGAGAAGAGUGUUGCCCAAUUACUUUCAAAUCCUCUUCCAGAUGUAGGUCAAGUACACAAGGACAUACAGCAGAGGACGACCUUUGACCUUCCCUCAGGCGGAAGUAAUGUCACCCUGGCAAAUAUCGAGCGUUGCUAUGAAAUUGGAUGCGCGGUUGGAGAUGGUAACUUUGCGGUAGUGCGAGAGUGCCGCCGUCGUGACAACGGACAAACCCUCGCCAUGAAGAUUGUCGAACGUUCCAAGCUGAUUGGUCGAGAGCACAUGAUGCAGAACGAGCUGAGCCUUCUGGGUAGCCUCUGUCACCCUCGCAUAGUGCGGCUGUUUGCGCACCACCACACACACACUCACUCCUACCUGGUGAUGGAGCUGGUGAGCGGGGGGGAUCUGUUUGAGGCCCUCAGUGAAAAGGGGAAGUUUCCAGAGGCAGAGGCAGGACUGAUGGUGUCAGAUGUGAGUGGAGCACUGAACUACAUCCACUGCAAAAGUAUCGUCCACCGAGACCUCAAGCCAGAAAAUCUACUGAUAGAGCGUGUGGCGGCUGGCGUCUGUAGGCUGAAGCUGGGAGACUUUGGUCUUGCCAUGGUUGUGACAGAACCAGUCUUCACCAUAUGUGGCACACCCACGUAUGUAGCCCCAGAGAUUCUCUGUGAGACAGGUUAUGGUGUUGCAGUGGAUGUAUGGGCUCUGGGUGUUAUUCUCUACAUCCUGCUGUGUGGAUUUCCCCCAUUUCGCAGUCGGGAUCGGGAUCAGGAAGAGCUGUUCCAGCUAAUAAAACAGGGACAACUCCACUUCCUGUCCUCCUACUGGGACCCAAUCUCAGAAGAAGCCAGAGGCCUUGUCAGAGAUCUGCUUCAGCCAGAUCCCACAGUAAGGCUGUCAGCAGAGCAGACCUCGCUGCAUCCCUGGGUGAAAGCUAUGGCUUCAGUUUGCAGGCAGAGGGUGCUCGCGCACAAAACUCAUAAGGACACAGCAGACACUGGAGCAGAACCAGACAAGUCCAGACAAGUCCAGAGUCUAGCUCAGCCCAAUGCAGCAGAAACAAUGUCACAAGGAGGACAUGACAGCAGCGAGGGAGAAGUCACACAUACUGAGUUCAGCAGGCAUGAUGAGAGACAAACUGAGAUGAACACAGGAAGAGGACAAGAUGAGGACAAACUACCACGGCCACAAUCAAAAGAGACGAGUACAGUUCACACCAUAUCUUCACAUCUACAAGUGCACACUCCUUCAGAGGCCACACCUGGUCAACAAAAAACAGACUCUGGCUCACACAGCAGUCCAAAAAUACAGGGUCCCUCAGAAUCACAGUCUCCAGUCAACCUGAGCGUUGAACUUAAUCAGCUCGGUGCCACCCCAGCCCAAACUGAGCUUCCAUCCCAGAUUAGGACACAAACAAAACAAAACAGCCAACAGCAAUCACCUUAUUCACCACCUUCCAUCAAUACAGAGCAACAAACCACCACAGUGGGUCACUCAACGCACCACCAGCCAUCCUCCGACCCAGCAGCAGCUUUCUCAUCUCACUCUCUCCUUCAGCAGAACUUCAUCUCUCCCUUGCACAACUCUACCACAGCUGUCGUUCAAAACCACCUGGCUGAAAACUACGAUGAGCCGAAUGUUCACACCACCGCUACACACCCACCUGCCCAGCCUCACUGUCAAUCUCCCGCUUAACCGUGUGAUUAGAUCAGGGUCAUUACUUUCAUGGUUCCGGACAAUACCGCUGAUUUCCUGGCAGCUGAAUCCCUGAAUGACCUGCAGAUGAUGUGAUUUACUCUGUUUGGAUUGAUUAGGGUCUGAUUGACGAGGUUAGAUAAAUCUCUUAAAUGUGUGUUAUUAAUCACAAAUGAAUGAGAUGUUGUGUAAUGACCAAGGUAUGAGGAGGGGAUAUAGUCAAGCACGGUGAGCACUAUGUUGAAAUUAAUGGAAUAGGGUUGAUCAAGUAGGACUCAAUUUGGAUUUAAAACAUAUUAGCAGUUUGUCAUGGUUUCUAAUGUUGUGGUGUAAUCAUGAAAAUACUUUGUAGUACAUUACAGUGUUUUUGUUUUGGUUGUUAUAUUUCUUUCUGCAAGCCAUGUUUAACUUUGAGGACAUGAUUCCUAGUGGUAGCUAUUUGUGAUUGCUUGUGUGACAACAUUGACCCAUCCCCUUCAAGUCAAUUCCUAGAAGUCUGUGAUAGGAGUGUUUAUCUAGCAACAUUUGUUUACUAUACCUUCAUAAACUAAAAAUACUUGUACUGAGAACUUUUCAUUUUAGUCCUGGUUAAAGCUUGCCAUAUUUACUAAACUCUUAAAUGCCAUCUUUAUGACAAAGUGUUUAUUAUUAUAUAUGUUUUGUACUGGUUUUGGUUGUCAAUAAUCCUGGCACUGUAACUGUGAUGAUUAACAGCCAGUGAAUUAGCAACCUUUGGCAACAUUUGGACAAAUUCAUUUGUGGUAAGAUCCAGUGGAAUAUAAUGGGAAUUGCCAGUGUGUGACCACAUACAGCUACUGAGGGUGGUAUGGCUUCACUGCCAAAUAAGGCAUAUCUGUCUGUCCAAUGGGAGUGGUUAGUCUUGUCCCUCCCAAAUGUAGACAGCUGACAUUUUGACAUCCCGCCCCACCUCAGGGCUAACCCAGAGGACUGACACACACACAGCCCCCCAUCCUUUACACAAAUGCACCCCUCCAAGCUCUUGACGCUGCCAAGUCACAUAUUUGGGGCACUGAAGGGAUGAAUAAGCUUAUAAAUGUUUCUGACCUAGUAUCAGUGUUUCUUCAAUCACCCUGUUUUUGUGGAUGAAUUAUUGAUGCUUCUUUAAAACACACAAACACAGGGCUCCUUACAACCAGUUGAACCACUUUUGAUAGAUUGCUGCCACGUAUAAUAUAAACAUGGCAGUAGAAACAAUGUGUUUUUGUUGUGAAGUUUUGUUAAAAGUUUUUGAUUAGUUAUUAAUGUGUUAUAAUGUGUAUAUGUGGUUUGUAAACAUUGCAUAUGUAUAAAGAUUGCG